UUCUGGACCAUGCUUCAGUGAGUGGGGCCUUGGAAUCUCUGUUCAACAGUCCUGUUCAACUCCUACGGCUUUGGGCACCUCCCCCUACUUUCUCUCCUCCAGGGGAUGGACAGAACCUUAAGAGAACACCUGCUUAGGCCUGUGUUUGGGAGUGGGGUGAGGCCAGAGCUGGGAUACUGGGCUACAAUGUCCACUCAAGCACAGAAAUGAGCCGCCAGACUGCAACAGCAUUACCCACUGGAACCUCAAAGUGUACGCCGUCCCAGAGGGUGCCUGCCCUGACUGGCACAACCGCAUCCAAUAAUGACUUGGCGAGUCUUUUUGAGUGUCCGGUCUGCUUUGACUAUGUGUUACCACCCAUUCUUCAGUGUCAGAGUGGCCAUCUUGUUUGUAGCAACUGUCGCCCAAAGCUCACAUGUUGUCCAACCUGCCGGGGCCCGUUGGGAUCCAUUCGCAACUUGGCUAUGGAGAAGGUGGCCAAUUCCGUACUUUUCCCUUGUAAAUAUGCCUCUUCUGGAUGUGAAAUAACUCUGCCACACACAGAAAAAGCAGACCAUGAAGAGCUCUGUGAGUUUAGGCCUUAUUCGUGUCCGUGCCCCGGUGCUUCCUGUAAAUGGCAAGGCUCUUUGGAUGCUGUAAUGCCCCAUCUGAUGCAUCAGCAUAAGUCCAUUACAACCCUACAGGGAGAGGAUAUAGUUUUCCUUGCUACAGACAUUAAUCUUCCAGGUGCUGUUGACUGGGUGAUGAUGCAGUCCUGUUUUGGCUUUCACUUCAUGUUAGUCCUGGAGAAACAGGAAAAGUACGACGGUCACCAGCAGUUCUUUGCAAUUGUACAGCUGAUAGGAACACGCAAGCAAGCUGAAAAUUUUGCUUAUCGACUUGAGCUAAAUGGUCAUAGGCGGCGAUUGACUUGGGAAGCGACUCCACGAUCUAUUCAUGAGGGAAUUGCAACAGCCAUUAUGAAUAGCGACUGCCUAGUCUUUGACACCAGCAUUGCACAGCUUUUUGCAGAAAAUGGCAAUUUAGGCAUCAAUGUAACUAUUUCCAUGUGUUGAAAUGGCAAUCAAAUGUUUUCUGGCCAGUGUUUAAAACCAUUGCAUUCAGUUUCACAGAGAAUAAGGCACCCAUCUGCCUGCCAACCUGAAACUUUUGGUAGGUGGAAGCUAGACACAUGAAGGUAAAUAAGAGGAAAGGCUGUUAAAUACAGGAAACAGUUGCAUGUAGUAACACUAAUAUAUUUAAAAAUAAGUCAACAGUAAACCACUGAAAAAAAUAUAUAUAUACACCCAAGAUGGGCAUCUUUUGUAUUAAGAAAGGAAGCAUUGUAAAAUAAUUCUCAAUUUGUGUUGUAGAUUGAGUGUACUGUUGAAAAAUACCGGGUUUUUGUUUGUGUGUGUGCCUGCAAGUUUGUGUGCGUGCGUGUGCGUGUGCGUGUGUGUGUGUGUGUUUUUCUUUAACCGACAAGCCAUGUUGCGUGGUCUUGGGCCACUGCUUUUCCCUUUGUGAGUCAAUACAUAGUGCUGCUGUGUGUGUAUAUUUUUUUGUGUGUAUUUGCUAAUUUUUAUUAAUUCUAGUUUUUCAUUAAAUAAAUUUGACUUUCUUUUCUGUAAUUCAGGUUUUUCCUCACUUUAUUUUGUACCUUUUUAAAGUUAGUGUCUUUUUGAUAUGCAUAAUUGUUUAUGGUAAAAUUUAUACAUGUGUGUUCAGUACGUAUUUUCCUUUCCCUCAUUAAUCAGUUCAUUAGAAAUAUUUUCAAUUCAACUCUUUUGUGAAGAUAUGAAUUCCAGAAAGGAAAGGUAACAUCAGAAUUAUCAGGAGGUAUUUAAAGCAGUUAUAAGAUGGUCUCUGUCUCUGUCUCUUUUUCUCCACUUGAGUCAUAUCUUUGAACUUAUUCUUUAAAAGGUUAGGGAAUACUGAUUUUUUUUUUUUUUUUUAAAUUCUGGAAAAAAAAUCAGGCUUUUUUCUUCCAAAUAUCUUGGACAAAUCACUUGUUUAAAAUUUGUUCUUGUAUUUAUUGGUUUUGCAAAAGAAGGCAUCGUCUUAGACAGUAUUUGUAAUCAAAAGCAAAUCAUUUGUUUAAAAAAAGGCAGUUUGCAAAAAAUGUUUUUGGUCUUUUAUAAUUCUCAUUAAAAGAAUAUCUGGCAAAUUAAAAA